UGUGACAAAAACUUUUUUAGAUCUAUUCUAGAGAAUUUUUCUUUUAUAAAUUAUGAUAUUGGGUUAUAAAGAGUCGACUUUUUGCGGAGAUUAUAAAACCGUUGUUAUACACCUGAUGAAGCACCAAUAUUCUUAGAGCAGCCCCAUUAGAGGUUUUAGACAGGUUCAUGGGCUCAGUAUCAUAGGGCCGGACCAUUAAAAAUAAAGAUUAAAUGGGUUAUUUCUCGCGACCCGCCCCUUACGAGUGACCCCGUCCGAUACGGGUUCACACCACGUGUCGCGAAUUGAUUGGAGACGCGGCGUCGACGUCACGCGGUGGAAAGGGGAGAGAGAUUCAUUUCUCUCUUUUGUCUCGAAAACUCUAGGGUUUCUUCCUCCCGGCGAAACCCCGUGCGACGACGAUCUCUGUCCCUAUUUCUCGAAUUUGCUCCAUCGAUUCGACGAGUUAUUGUCUCCUCUACUAACAGAGGUGGGUCUCGACUGGAAUCUCCUUUAUAUUGAUGUCGUUUUGGUUUCGAAAUCGAGUUAGGGGAAAUUUCAAUUUUUUUUUUUACGAUUUAGGGUUCGAAAUCGAGAAGGGUUUUGAUUUAAUGCUGUAUUACCUCGUCUACGGGUUCGAUUUAUAGUUUUAAGGUUCGAUUCUCGCGGAUUGGAAAUCGAAAAGGGUUUUUCGAGUUAGGGUUCAAAAUAGAAUUUGGGGGUUUCGAUAAGUGGGUUUAGAUCUUGUACUGGGUUCGAUUCACGGUUUUGACUACUUUUGUCUCAAUCGAUUCACGGUUUUGAUUAUUUUUGAUUCAAUAGAAAAGGGUUAAUCAAUUUCAUUUCUCUGUUUCAGAUGGAUCCCUCAGCCGAGAUAACAGAUUUUAAGAGGAAGCAGGAGUUCAUCGACCACCUGUACAACGUUGCCGAUUCGUCAUAUGGGAUGCCGACAAGCUGUCCGUGUGGUGGUAGAAUCAUCGACGAGGUUCGGGUGAAGGAGGAGUACGACACGCGUCCCGGGAAGCGCUUCUUCAGCUGCAUAAACUACGAGGCUGAUGGGUUGCAUUACCGUCAGCCUUGGGUUAUAGGUGUCCAGGAGGAGAUGGUACGCAUGCGUGAGCGUGUGGAUGAGGCUGUUGAGAUCAUCAAAUGUGUGCCCAUUCUCACUAAACAGAUCGACAGUCUUGAGGCACAGGUUAAGAGGCUCACAUUGCUGCUUGAUAAGCUCACUGGUGACGUCUAUAACCUCACAGUCCAGGCGGCUGCUCUGGAGAAGGCCUGUUUCGACUGAAACAGAACAGGUAAACUUUCAACUCGAGUAGGAACUGUUUCCGUGUGGAACUUGAGUAGGAACUGUUUCCGUGUAGAGUAGAAACUGAGACUUAACUAGGAACUUGAGUAGGAACUGUCUAUAAUACAUUAGGAACUUGAGUAGGAACUGUUUCCGUGUAGAGUAGAAACUGAGACUUAACUAGGAACUCGAGUAGGAACUGUUUCCGUGUGGUUACUUGCUUCCUCUGGUUGAACUGAGAGUUAACUUGUUCAUUAAAUAUCUAGAGUAGGGAGUGUAGUAGUACUUCAUUAAAUAUCUAGUACUAGUUUGGUUCCUCUGGUUGGUUGCUGUGAUGAAUGCGCUUAAAUUGCUGUGUCUUAAACGUUUUAGAGUUUUUUAGAAUUGAUUUGAUGUGUAAUGAAUGUCUGUGAACAAGUUGUUGUCUAAUUAAGUGUAAUGAAUGUUUGGUAGUUAGGAAACCACCUGUAACUCAAACGC